AUGGCCGACAUUCAGCCCCCCGAGCAGCGCAUCCGGAAGAGAAGAAGGCGAACAAUAGCCUGCUCGCAGUGUCGCAGCCGAAAACUGAAAUGUGACCGCGAGUAUCCGACCUGCGGCCGGUGCCUGAAGAGCAAAGCGCCCGCCAAGUGCUCGUACGAAGAUGGCUUUCUAUGGCAGCAGCCAAGCACUGUGGAUUCGUCCUUUGCCGAGCGAUCUGGAGCUUCAGCCCCGGCUAGCACACAGAGUCAGAUGCAGUUGGUCGAUCGGCCGGUUGCCCACCCGACCCCAGACUCGGGGAUAAGCUCCUCUCGGCCUCAACUGACAAAUUUGACGAAUACGAACCCUACACCUGGCGAAAAGCGUGAUCGGUUUCUCGAAACUGUCUUGGGCGCCCCGAAGGCUGCUGUCAACCAGGACUUCAUGAAUACUGAGCUAUUGCACCGUCAUCGACACCAUCCUUCCAACCAGGACUCGCGUGCGGACUCGGUGCAGGACGAUGAGCCUCCGGUUUCGCCGUCGCAGCAGCUAGAUCUUUCGCCUCGAAUCAUGAUACGAGGAAAGGAUACAAAGACCCGGUACAAUGGGUCCGGCAUCUUCGCAAACCUCAUUGCGCAGUUUCCGGACCUCAGAUCAUUCGCAGAAGAAAUCCGACUCGCCAGUCCUCAUUUAUCUGCUCUCCGGUUCGACCUAACGAGGGUUACGAGGGGCCUCUGGAAGAAAAAGAUAUUAAACGAGGCUGUUCAGAAUCUAGACACGCCGUCUUUGAUUGCGUUGUUGCCUUCUAGAGACACCGUCGACGAGCUAGUCGUUCUAUAUCUCACUCAUGUCGAGUCGACGCAUAGAAUACUCCAUAUUCCCACGUUUUUGAAAGAAUUGGAAGCGUUCUGGGACCAGAAGCACAACCCGGCCGUGGUGUCUCCAGCAUUUGUUGUGCAGCUGCUCCUCGUCCUUGCUUGCGCUUGGAACCUUGCAGAUUUCGCCACUCUCGAAUUAAAGAAUGGAUCCAGCCUUGAUUGUUAUACCGCCAUCAACUGGGUUAAGCAUGCAGAUAAGUGGAUUGAGACUGCCCACAUCAAGAGAUCAGAUAUCGUGAUCCUUCGGUUGCACAUCCUUCUAGUAACCGCUCAGAAGAGCCUCGGGAUGGGUCGGAGCAAAGCGUGGCUCACCACCGCAACUCUCGUGAAGCAGGCCAUGCUAGCCGGUUAUCAUCGAGACACUAGCCUGUAUACCAAGAUCUCGCCAUUUAACCAGGAAAUGCGAAGGCGCAUAUGGAUCACCAUUCUGGAGCUGGACCUCCAGGUAUCCUUUGAACGGGGCAUGCCCCCAUCCGUACAGGAGUCGGACUAUGACACGGCAACCCCUUUGAAUGUCAACGACAUUGACCUACACGAAGCCGUGGAAGAGCUACCCACAGAGCGAUCAUUAGAAGACUUUACGGACUGCUCUUUCCAGACAAUUCUGACACAGUCUCUUCCUUUACGGCUAAAGGUUUGCCAUUUGAUGCACUCUCCGCGGAUCAGAUGCCGCUAUGAGGAUAUCCUUCGACUAGACUGGGAACUGAACCGGCAUAUGUCGAGGAUACCGAAUUGGAAGAUGCCUGAACUCGGCCAUAUCAAAACAGCGGACAAGAUUGCCCUGACAAAAGCCAUGCUAGAGAACAAGAUCGGCCUCAGCCUCUUGUCAAUCCACACACCAUUCGCAAUCGAGGCGCCCCGAGAGCCGCUCUUCGCCCCUUCAUCCCGGGCGCGACUGGAAAUAGUGACUAUGAUACUAUCGACUCAGAAACGACUGCAGGAGACGUCGCGGUCUUUAUCUCUAUGCAACCUUGGAGACUGGACCGUCCAAGCUUACUGCUCGAUCUGCCAGUUACUACACGAGGGAGCCGCGAACCCUGGUCUUUCCCUUAUUCACACACUCCCGGGUCUUCCAGAAUCUCUGAUAUCGCUCGUCGAGGUGGCCCUAGCUUGCAUGGAGAGUCGUCUCUUACUCGUAAUCAAGGGUGCAAAGGAAUACUUCUUCAUGUCUACCAUCCUGGCUCUAGUCAAAGCCAAGAUGUGGGCGGUGCAGGCGACCAUCUAUAAGCAGGAGGUUGUCGAGCGGGUCAUAUUGUUUGCGCAAACGCUCUUCACGCGACACGCGAAUUGUGCUCAUUUGGGUGAGCUGGGUAUGGGAAGCUUUAAAACUAAUCAGGUGCCCAACUUGAACGUACCCCAGCAGUUUGUUCCUGAGAUCAACCUGCCUAUGCCGGAGGAUUUUGGUCUGACGGCGUCUACUGACUUGGACCCUUAUUUGGGUGCUUUUGACUGGGGAGAUAUGGCAGGGUUCGCUUUUGAAUAG